AGGCACUUUGUUACAUUUCCUACCUAUAUAUAGCCAUAUAGUAUUUGAUACCUUUUCCAUAUAGUUUCUUAACAUCACUUCUAUACACAUUUCUCAUUUUUUUUCUCAUUCAAUUCCAUAACUCCUGAUAAACUAUACAAAGAUCUUUAAAUAGGCAUAAUUUUAAACCAUGUCUAAAUUACCAUUGAUUAUGUUCUUUUCUUCCCUUUUUAUUCAUGCAUCUUUCGCUGAAAUUGUGUGUGAGGAGUUGCAAACGGAUCUAUGUUCUUUCUCAAUAGCUUCUUCGGGGAAACGGUGUUUGUUAGAGACGGAGAAGGCCGCGGAUGGUGGCGUAGAAUAUCAAUGCACGACAUCAGAAGUUGUGGUGGAGAGAAUGGCAGGAUACAUAGAGACGGAUCAAUGUGUGAAAGCUUGUGGAGUUGAAAGAAAUUUUGUUGGAAUUUCUUCAGAUGCAUUGCUUGAGUCACAAUUCACAGCUAAACUUUGUUCACCAUCUUGUUUCCAAAAUUGUCACAACAUUGUUGAUCUUUACUACAAUUUGGCUGCUGGAGAAGGUGUGUUUUUGCCUGACCUAUGUGAGAUGCAAAAGACCAACCCUCGCCGGACUAUGGUCGAGCUUGUGAGCUCUGGAGCUGCGCCGGGACCAGAUUCUUCUGUGUCGGAGGACAUUCAUGUUGCAUUUGCUCCUGCUCCCCUGUAAACAAAAUACCUUAGUCCCAUGAACUAGUUUUUAUAUUAUCUUUCUUUACUUAGAUGUCUGAAACUUAGAAUGUAUUAUGAGUUUAUUAUUAUGUGUUCGGAUUUGAUUAUUAUAAAAGUCUUUGUAGAAGGAACACUCAUUUAUUGGUACUAAAUUUUUUAUUUUGAAAUUUU